CAGCCAAUGGGCGAGAGCGGAGGCGAAUUUCGAAUGUGGCUGCGGUAGUCGGCGGGUGACGGGAGACGGGGCUGGCGGUCCGGGGGCUCGGUGCACGCUCCGCCGGGUGCUGUCGCGGAGCCUGGGGAUGUGAGGAGGAAGACAGACGCGGCAGAGGUGGUGGCCAAGGCAGAAGAUGGCCAAGGAAAGGAACCUCAAAAAGUCCUUUCAAGAAAGUCUUGAAGAAAUAAAGAAACGAAUGAAAGAGAAAAGGAAUAAAAACUUGGCAGAGAUUGGCAAACGAAAGUCUUUUGUAGUUGCACCAUGCCAAAUAAUCACCAACACUUCUACACUGCUAAAAAACUACCAAGACAACAACAAAAUGUUAGUUUUAGCUUUGGAAAAUGAAAAAUCCAAAGUGAGAGAAGCCCAAGACAUCAUCCUACAGCUGAGAAAAGAAUGUUACUUCCUCACAUACCAGUUAUAUGCAUUGAAAGAAAAACUUACUUCACAACAAACAGAAGAACCUGCUCAGAACCAUGAAGUAAGUUCUUCUGGAAUGAACUCCAAUGAUGACAACAACUCUGGGGAUUUAUUUGUGAAGGAGUUACCGCAAGCUCCUCUUCAGGAAAAUCACCUUCCAGAACAAGGGGAAUCGUUCCAAAUAGAAGAGCAAAUGCCUACUAUUCCUCAAGACAGUCUGGGAUUUGAUUUGGAUUCAGGUGAAGAUACAUCUACUGAUAAUAUCUUACCUAGAACUGUAUCUCUCCGUCGCAACUUAAAGAAACAUUUUAACAAUUUAGGCCAAUUCAACACCUUGGAUAAUUUUGAAAUCAGUCAUAUGUCAGAGCAGUCUUCUGGGUUGGAAACAAUUAGAUUUGUAGACCCACUAGUAAACAUGCACAUAACUGAAAAUGUAGAACAAAAUAUUUAUCAGUGGAACAAGGAUCAAAUUAACAUAUCACCAAAGCUGACUCACCUUGGAGGAUCUGCUAAAAGAAAAGAAAAUAUUUUAGAGUAUAAAUCUGAGCAAACUAAAAAUAAACAAAGAAGAAAAAGAGGAGAGAAAAGAAAAGCUAACAGAAGGAGAAAAUCAAUAUAUGUAUGUAAGUAUAAAGGAAUCACAAGUAAAAAUAGAAAACCUGUUUCCAAAAAAAAGGUGGAUGAUUUUAUCACUUCCAAUGAUGCUUACAAUUUUAAUUUGGAAGAAGGUGUUCAUCCUUCUCCUUUCCGACAAAAAAUGAGCAAUGAUUCUAAAAAAGAGGAAGAUGCCAAUGUAUCCGAAGUGAGCAGCUAUGAAUCAAGUAGUUCAGAAGAGGAUUCUGAUGACCUCUAUUUGCCCACUUGCAAGGACAGUCCAAGUUUCACCAGCCAAUCAGAUAGGAGCCCAGCCACCAGGCCUCGAUCUACAAGAGCACUACGAUGUAGGGAUGAAAAAGAGAUGGAGAGUUCUCAGCCAACAAAAACUCCUACCAGUGCAGUACCUGAAACUCACCAGUCACCUCGUUUUAGCCUGAAGGAUAUCACCAAUGUCCCCUUGUAUACUGAAGUGAAAAUUAGAAAACUUUCUCUUUCUCCACAACAGAAGAAAGAGAGCCCAGGAGGGUCUCUGCCUAAGCGUAGGUGCACAGUCAGUGUGAAUUAUAAGGAACCCACACUCGCUUCGAAACUAAGAAGAGGAGACCCUUUUACAGAUUUGUGUUUCUUGAAUUCACCUGUUUUUAAGCAAAAAAAGGAUUCCAGACGCAGUUCUAAAAAGAAAAAAAAAGUAUGAAGCAAAUACAGUAAAGCAUUUGUUGGACAUGGUUUAAAUACAUCCCAAAGAGAAUAGAAAAAAUAAAUAAGUAAAUUCAUCCCGCAGCCCUUUCUAUUGCUCCAAGAUAGAAUCUCUAAGAUAGCACACAAGUGGGGUGGACUGUGCCAUAGAAUAUUCUCUCGAUGGGACUUUAGAUCACAAAUGUUUUUUAAAAACUAUACUUCAAAUGUGAUCUUUUUGCUUAAGCCUUUAAUAGAUUUGGUUUAUUUUUUUAUUUUAAAUAUAAACAACUGGACUGAAGCACUAUUAAGUUAGAUUUCUUACACUGCCUAACACCCAUAAUUUUAGUCAAAAUGUACCUUAUGCCAACAUUUUGGGAAUUAAUGAUUAUUCAAAUAACAUAUUGUAAUUAGAAGCUUCUGGCCCUUUUACUUUUCCCUUUAGUGGGGAUUACGAGAAUGACUUUUGAAAACAGGCUGAGGAUCUUUUGAAACUCCUUAUAUAAUAUUUGAAUAAAGUAAAUUCUUGAUAUUCACAGUAGGGUAUACUCUAUUGUUUGUGUCUCCCUUAUACCAUUGUUGUAUUUAAUUUUUCAGAUAAAAUGUGCAUGAGUUCAUCACAUUAAUUUAAAGUAGAAAGAAGUGCAUGGCUUUGGAGAAAAUUGAUAUUAGAGUGAGGGACUAGUUAAGUAACUAAUUGAACCCCAAGCUAAGCUCUGGAUAUAUAUUGUUCAAAGUGAUACCUCAACAAAAUCACAAAUUAUUAUGUCAUGGACUGUCAGGAUAGUUACUUAUUUAGUCAACUCAUAUGUUAAAUGACUGAAUGCCAAGGAUUUAUUUGUAUUUUUGAUUAACCAAUGAUAGGGAAUUAGUUCAGUUCUGAAAGUUUGAAGCCACUGCUUGUAUAUACCUCUUUAAACUUUAAAGUACUGUAGAUUAUCGAUUUUUAAAGAGCAAUAAAAUUUAUAUAAUAUAGUGUUUGUAUUUUUCUUAUUUGUAAGAUAUUUUUCUUUUUUUGGCGGGGGGGGGGGGCGGGAUCCUCACCCAAGGAUAUUUUUCUAUUGAUUUUUAGAGAGAGUGCAAGGGAGAGGGAGAGACAGAGAAACAUCGAUGUGAGAGAGACACAUCAAUUGGUUGCCUCCUGUAUGUGCCCUGACCGGGGCCAGCAAUCAAGCCUGCAACUGAGGUACAUGCCCUAGACCAGAAUCGAUCCCAGGACCCUUCAGUUCUAUCCACUGAGCCAAACCGGCUAGGGCUGUUUUUCUUCUUUAAAUAUCAGAGUAUGCCUGUGGUCAUCUUACUUUCUAGCUUCACUGUUCUCAUCCUUCUUGAACACUUCUCUUCCUACUUAAGUUUUUUUCUAUAGUCACUACCAUGAAACUCUUAGCUCCCCCACCAUACUCUCAACAUUUCUCUCAACUUUUCAUUGUGGAAUCCCAACUUUUCAUUGUGGAAUGAUCAACGAAUUCUAUUUUAGUGGAGGAUUCUUCCAAUCCUGACCGCCAGUUUUCUUGACUAUCUCCAUACCUCCCUGCAUUCUGUAUCAGGCACACCCCAAAUCUUUCCAUCAGCCAAAAUUCUUUUAUUUCUGACCUCCAAAGCCAUGCGCUUCUUUCUACUUUUAAUGUCCCUGUUCUCAGAUACCAGUCCUCACUGAUUUGUAUGUCCUACUUUCCCAUCACAAUCUCUUCCCCCCCUUUAUUUGUUCAACCAGUCCCCUUACACCUGUUCUUUAAGUUCAUAAAAACUCUUGAAUGGCUGUCUAAUGUAAUUAAGAUUAAAUCCAACUUAAAAUUAAUUUUCAAUCAUAGUAGCCACAUUUCAAAUGCUCAGUAGCCACUUAUUGGGGACAAUGCAGACAGAAUAGUUCCAUCUCCACAGAAAGUUCUAUAGGACAAUGCUGCUCUGGGCCAGCAGUGGGCAAACUACAGCCUUUGGACCAAAUACAGCCCUCUGCCCGCUUUUGUAUGAUCUGCAAGCUAAAAAAUGUCUUGUUUUUAAA